UCUUUGCUUGUGUUUUAUUUGACGAUGGCAUCCAAUGGUUCCACAAUUGUUCCGGCGGAUUUGUACCGACACUUUUUUGAAACUUUUCAAUCGACAGUUAACGUAAAUGACCCGUUACCAGUGAAAGUUGGUUCGCAUAGCAUUCGAGAGAAUGAAGUGGACGGCGAAAUAGUCGAUUGGACUCUACAGUACCUUCAGCAAAAGAAUUGCCCUUCUAAACUGCUUGCUCACUUGGCUAGCCUUAUUCUGUGGGAAGUUCGCUUCUGCAUAAGUAAGGAUGAUGUUGAUGGUGCCGUAAACAGAGAUGUUAAAGGCUACGAACCCGUAAAGCUAAUGCAGCUAGUGACAUCCAAAAUUAAUAACGUUUGUUUUGAGUUCCUCAACAACCAAAAGUUUGAGAGCCUUUGCACCGAAUUAUCUUUUAGCAACAGAACUCUUCACCCAGUAUCUGUGCAUGCGAUCAGAAAUGGCAGGAGGAAAAUGGAAGAUCGCCAUGUAGUGAUACAAGACCUCAACAAAAUUUGUUCCAUCAGGGAUGAUGUACCCACAAGCUACUAUGCCGUCUUCGAUGGUCAUGCUGGCACAGACGCGGCAUUUUACGCGGCUUCCCAGCUUCACGAGAAAUUGGUUUCCAAUCCGAAAUUCGCCACGGAACCGAGUGAAGCCUUGAGGGAAGCCUUUUUAGCAACUGACUUGGCAUUUGUAACAGAACACGAAAAUGAGAGAUUGAAAGGAGGAACAACAGCGGUGGUAAGCCUCAUUAGGGGCAACUUAUUUUUGACGGCGUGGCUGGGAGAUUCUCAGGCCGUUUUAGUGAAAGAUGGCGUCGCCACACAGCUGGUCAAUCCACACAAACCGGACAGGAUUGACGAGAAGGAAAGGAUAUCAAAUCUUGGCGGUGAGGUGAUUUUCUGGGACGGAGCUUACCGCGUUAACGGACAACUUGCCGUGUCUCGAGCUAUCGGCGACGCCGGCUACAAACCUUACGUUACUGCUGAGCCAGACAUGGUGGCCAUGACGCUUGAUGGCCAAGAGGAUUUCUUGAUAAUCGGAUGUGAUGGCCUUUGGGAUACGAUCGGCGUGGAUGAAUCCGCCUUCAUAGUACUCCAGUACUUGCACCACGAGACUGAUAUCAGCGGACUGAGUGGUCGGUUGGUGCAGGCGGCCAAACAAAAAGGAUCGUCGGAUAACAUCAGCGUCAUUGUCGUCUUCUUCCGCGAACCGGAACUGAUUGCGCGCCGGCCGCUCCCACCCGCCCCGACCUCGGUCCUGGAAGACAACACACCCAGCAUGGAGCAGCAACAAGAGGAAUAUGAGAAAUUGGCGGCCAAGUGGGGAUGGAGCGAGCCUCAAGGUGGUGCCGUCUUCACGGAUGAAACUUCGUGGCAGCAACAGUCUCAGCAGCAGCAGCAGCAGACGCCCGACGGACAGCAGCCGCAAAAUCCAUUCGAUUCCAGCAAUCCGUUUGGUAACGGAGACGAGCUGCUGGCGCCGGAAGGACACGACAAUCACCACUUUUAUCAGGGCGUCGAUUCGCCUUCCGAGUUUGACGCCACCAAUUGGCAACAGCACGGAGAAGAGGAGGAGGAGGAGGCCAUUGGCGAUUCGUUCAACGGCGACACGGCCGAAACGCCAGAAGUUUACGACGGAUCGACGGCUCAGUGGGGCUGGAAAGACCCGGAAAUCGAAGCUCUGGAAAUCGAGGCCGGUCGUGACUCGUCCGAGCGCCAUUUUGCCGCUACGUCUGUCGUUCCGCUACCCGAUCCAGACAUGGAUUUGGACGUGGUCCGCGACCAGUACGAGAAAGUAGCGGCCAAAUGGGGCCGUGAACUGGAACAAUUUGACGCUGCCGACGUCGUGACUUUGGAAUCGAAAUCUGAUUUCCAUUUGAGCAGUGAUGGAUCGACCUGGGACCAAACAUCCGGCACUGCCCAACCGGCUGGCGUCGACUGGAACCAAUACGACGAAGAGCUUAGCGGCCAGCCCAGUCUGAUCUUUGUUGGCCAAUCCGAGGAGACGGAGGCCACGACCGAGCAGAUCAUUAGUCCCAUUGAGGAUUUGAUUGGCGUCUGCGACAUGAACGGCCGAGCCAUAACCGAAGCCGACCGUCAAAUGUGGGCCUCGGAGGAAAAUUCCGUCUCUUUCCCUCCUGCAGUUGCCCAUUCAGUCGCAGAUGAUGAAGUUGUGGCCGAAGAGGAGGAAGACGAAGAAGAAGAAGAGGAUCACCUGCAGCAACAACAGCAGCAACAACAACCGGCAGCCGCUAUUUUUGAUGACGGUUCUUUUGUGGACGAGGGCAUCGCCGGAGACGAAACGGAUUUCGUUGUUAACUCGUCAUCGGUCGUCGAUUCCGCUCUUGUUGUCGAUUGCCAGCAGCAGCAGCAGCAGCAGCCAGAUAUUGUUUCUGCGUCGGCGGUGAUUGCCCCGGCUGAAAAUGAUCCGGAUUUCCACUGGAAUUUGCACGCCCCCGAAUUCGAAUUCCGCCCUAGCGAGUCUUCGCCGUUGGAACACCAACAACAGCAGCAGCAGCAGCAGCAGACCGAAGUAGAAGACUCGUCGUCGGUGGUUAGCUCCAGUGAGCGUAAACUCUCCGCUACGGAAUUGCUGAUUCGCUCAUCCAACGAUUCACAGCUGGCCGUUCUCUUGGCCGCAGCCAACGAUGACCCUGAAGACGACGACGAAAUGGACGAACCUCAGGAGGAGCUGAACAUUUCGCCACGCUCCGACGCACUUGACGAUAUUCACAACGCGUCUAACGCAAUUAACGAGUCGAAAGGAGACGGUACCAUGGAUGAAGUUGAAGAUUCUGAAGAUGACUGGACCUUCAAUGAUUACAGGCAGUCAGAGGCAAACAAGGAGGAGAGCGUCACCAACACUGAGGUGGCAGACACAAGCUCUGGCAUCGAGUUGGAACCUGAAGGCAAGGCUGAUGAAACCUGCAUCCAGACCGAUUGCCAGGCCAAUGAUCUUGGCAAUCAGCUGGAAAAGCUGACUGUUGAUGAAGUUCAACCAGAAAUCACCAUUCCUGAGCCAGAACCGGUAGAAGAAGUUGUUCACAUAGAUGAAGGUGUCGAUCAAGAAGAAGCUGUCCACCAAGAAGAAGCUGUUCAUCAGGAAGAAAUUGCCCACCAAGAAGAAAUUGUUCAUCAGGAAGAAAUUGCCCACCCAGAAGAAAUUGUUCAUCAGGAGGAAAUUGUCCACCCAGAAGAAUAUCAGGAAGAAAUUGUCCACCGAGAAGAAUAUCAGGAAGAAAUUGUCCACCAAGAAGAAGCUGUCCACCAAGAAGAAGCUGUCCAACAAGAAGAAGAAAUUGUUCAUAAAGAUGAAGUUGUUGAGCCUGAUGUUGUUCACCAACCUCAGAUGGAAGAAGCUGUUUCUCAAGCUGAAGAGGUCGAAGCACACAUCCAACAGGUUAAAGAAACCCAAUCUACCAUCAUUUCCUCGACUGUUCAAGAACCAGAGUUAGUUCCAGAUGAAGUCGUACCGGACGUCAAAGAGGUGGAAGUUAGUAGCACACAGGAAACGGUCGAACCACGACUUUUGGAGAGUCCAGUUUCCGAUUCUGCUACUAUCGGUUCUGAAGCACCCGCUUUAAUUGUGACUGGAACAGCCAUUGGCAUUGCAGCCGCCGCUACAGCAGCAGUGGCAUCAAAAGCUGCUGCCAAGUCUCCUGCCGCUAAGAAACCCGUCGCAGCUGCAAAGAAGACUACGUCUACUCCGUCAAAACCGGCUGCUAGUCCACUGGCCGCUAAACCUGCUGCCAGUUCACUAGCCGCUAAACCUGCUGCUAAGGAUUCAGUUAAGAAACUGGAACCAGCUACACGCCGUGCUGCUACCACUGACGCUAAACCAUCAGUUGAUUCGCCGAAACCAGCGCGUCCGACCAAAUUAUCUCCACUGAGAAAAGCUACUCCAGCUGCCCCUGCUUCUCCUGCUCCUAAACCUGCUGCCCCUAGAGCAGCUCCUGCGACCACUAGACCUGCUGCCAAACCCGCAGUGUCUACUACAUCGACGGUGAAAAAGACUACCACCACCACCACCACCACGACAACUGCCGCCAGCCGGACAGUUACUGCCACUCCAGCCAAGAAAGCAACACCAGCUGUGAACGGAGUAGCCAAGACGGCAUCUCCGGCCAAACCGGCCACGAGCACCUCGUCUUCUCGCACCACCGCUUCGACCACAUCUGCGACACCGCCGCGUCGUAUUGUUUCCGCUCCUGCUAAAGCUUCCAGUGCCACUAGUCGCCCAGCCGCCACCGCAGCCACCAAAUCUGCUGCUACUACCAACGGCGACAUCAAGCCGAAACCCGCUGCUACGUCAACGACUCGCACUACGGCCAAGCCCAUCGUUAAUGGCACAGCUACGAAACCCGCUACUCCCAGACCCACCGCAGCCAGCACCAAACUCGCAGCCACUAAACCCGCAACAACCACCGCCACCCCUACUCGCCCGGCGCCAUUGAAGAGUGUUGCAAGCAGAACGGCCACGCCUGGUAAGCCGAUCGCAAAGACGACGACUUCAACUUCCAAGCUUGGUGCAACAAAAACUGGUGCGGCAACCAAAUCACCGGGAGCAGCCAAAUCAGCAUCCAGCGCUUCGGCUGCUCCCGAAGCAACCACAGCAACACCCGAAGUCGCCCUUGCUCCCGCACCGGCCGACGCGGAAUAAUGUAGAGCAGGUUAAAAAGCAUCAGAAUUAAGCGUGUUUUAAAUGUGAAAGCUUCGAGAUAACGAAGGAGAUUUAAAAAAUAGAGAGGGAAAAAAGGAAAUAACGAGUGGAAAACGCCCAACCAUAUUAUAAUAACUCCCUACCGCCGCCUGCUAUGUAUACCGCCCGUCUCUCUUUCAUUCGCUCAUGAUUCAUCGUCUGCCAGCUUUUUAAACGUUCUCGUUUUUUCUUUUAUAUGUUUUUUUUUUCCUCCAUCGUUUGCAAUUUUCUAAAAGACAAUAAAGGUAAAAAAAAAAAUAAUAAUUAAAGAUUUCAAAAUAGUUGAAUCCGAGCCGAAAGAGAGAAGAAACGAACAAUUUAAGUACUAGGGAAAUAAAGAAAUGGAGAAUGGCUACGUGAAAACUUUGUUGCGAUUGCGGGCCCUGUAAAGAUAUCAAGGAAGAGAUUCAAGAAUCAUCAAUCAUUUUUUUCCCCUGCGUGUGAGUGAGCGUGUGUGAGAGCGUGUGCGUGAGUUAAUGUACUGCUAUCCCCCCCCCCCACAUUUCUUUCUUGGCAACACACAACAUCAACAAUAUGUAAAAGGUUUGUGUAAAACCUUUUCUACUUCCCCCUAAAAUGGCUAAAUAUUACUUUCGCACGCCCUGCACUCCCACCCACCAACGCUCUUUCGGCUAAUAAUCACCUAUUUUAUUAUUAACUGUAUUCGUGUCAAAAGUCAUGAAAGAAAAUGUCGUCCCUUCGUUUUUUUUUCCCCUCUUGCUCGAUUCCAUGUAAUUUCUUUUGUUUUCUCUUUUGUGUUUGUGGGGUUUCAUGAUUUUCAAUUUCAAAUUUGCCGCGCACAGCAACGGUUUGCCUUUGCUUUUAUUUUUCUUUCCCCCCCCCCCUAUUUUCUGUUGUUGAUAGUCACGCCAAUGUCCAGCCGAGGUGAUUGUGUCCACUGCUGCUUCUUCCUACUCUCUUCUCUACUUCUUACAACCACAUGGUAAUUAAUUUAAAAUAUUGAUUGCGCUGAUUUUUUUUUUAAUUGGAUGAGUUUCGUUUUUAUACGUUCAAAGAGUGUGUUUCCUUUCCGUCUUCAACUUUUGGAUGCAAUACCCUCCACAUUUUGUAAUCCAUUACGUGAGAAGUGCGAGUUACAACAUUGUAGCGCAAAUAAAUGAAAAGCAAUGGGGAGAAA